CAACGAGAAGGCUUCCUUCCUCGUUCCCUUUCGACGGAGUCCGCAUUGCGCGUCACGGCGUCGCGUUCUUUCCUCUUCUCCAUACCGCGACCAGGAGCGUGAGACGGAGCUUCUUCUCUGCGUUCGCCUUUACCGCCGCUGCGCCCGCUAAGCAGCCAUGCCGAAGAAUAAAGGUAAGGGAGGUAAAAAUAGAAGGCGAGGUAAGAAUGAAAAUGAAUCAGAAAAAAGAGAACUGGUGUUCAAAGAAGAUGGACAAGAGUAUGCCCAAGUUAUCAAGAUGUUGGGGAAUGGCAGACUGGAGGCAUUAUGUUUUGAUGGCGUAAAAAGGUUAUGUCAUAUCAGAGGAAAGUUGAGAAAAAAGGUUUGGAUAAAUACAUCAGAUAUCAUAUUGGUGGGUUUAAGAGACUACCAGGAUAACAAGGCUGAUGUCAUUCUAAAGUACAAUGCAGAUGAAGCCAGAAGUCUGAAGGCAUAUGGAGAACUUCCAGAACAUGCCAAAAUUAAUGAAACUGAUACAUUUGGGCCUGGAGAUGAUGAUGAAAUCCAAUUUGAUGAUAUUGGAGACGAUGAUGAAGAUAUUGAUGAUGUAAGUACCUGGAAAAGGUAUACAUUCCAACUUUUCACCUCAAGAAUUUUGCUUUAAAGUCCCAUCUUUAAGAAGACUGAAACUGCUCAACAUUUGUAGUUACAGCAAAACAAUCCAAGCCCAAUGUUUAAGUAUUUAUAUUUCUUUAAAAACAGAUAAUGUUGGACUCGCAAAAGUAAAAUGAAAUAUUACAACUAUUUUUCUCUUUACCAUAGACUUUUACAUCUGUGUGUAAAUACACUCACUAUAAAUUCCCAUGUUUGCUCUAUAUGUUUUCACCACUAAACUUCACUAAACCUGUUUUUUCAAAAUAAAAAAUUCUUGCCCUAUAUUUAUCAUGGAUUUUGAUUAAAUACCCAUUCAGGUUAGUGUCCAACCUGCCAGUGCAGUGUCCUUUCCUAGUAUCCCUUGAAGUCAACUUGUAAGAUUUUAAUAAUACAAAGGGCAGCCAUUUUCAUUAAAAUUAAUAUCUGAAUCUGCUUUUUAAGCUUUAGUUGCAUGUUAUUUUUAUACUGGUUUUGAUAUUAAAUUUCCUCUCACAGAUAAAUUUGCCAUAGUGGAGAGAAAAUAAAUUUUAAAAAAUUUAUGUUUGAACUGCUGUUCUGUAUUUGGUAGUGGUAAUGCUGCAGUUAAAAUACUAGGUGGCACCAAAUUUAAGUUAUUAAUCUGAAAGACGUGCACUGUUCUCUUGUAAUGAGGGUGGGUAGAGAUGAUUUUCAUGGAUUCCUCUUCCUGUUGUGCCACCUGAAAAGCUGCUCCAGAGGCUUGGGAGGGGGCACAGGUGGCUGCAGGAGGAAGGUUGGUGGUGGUGGUGAGGGGCCUCCACUGGAUCUUGGUUCCUUCCACAAACAGAAGGAUGCCUUCUGUUUGUGGAAGAACAAGCUUGGAUCCAACUCCUUUAGAAAAUACUUAACGUCACACAAAAAAUCUUACGUUUAAAAAGUUUACUUUAAUCUUGAAUUCCAUCCAUAUGAGAUACAACUAUGUAAAGACUUUUGUACUCUCCGAAUUGGGGUGUAUAAAUGAGAUUAAUGUAAAGAUUGAAAAACUAUCUGAAAUUAACAAGUUGGAAAAACUAAUAAAAUGAGCAUUUCUGGUUUGAGUGGGAGUGGUGCACCUAAAAAUCAAUAAAGGCUAACAUACCCUUAAUAAAUACUUACAUUUUA